AUUCCCUGCUGCCUUUCUGCCUUGCCUCAGCAGCUUUCACCCUUUCUCAUAAUCUUCUCCUUUUCAGCUCUCUUCUGAGUCUCUUCCGACACUGCUACUGUUUCUCGCUUUCCUUCAUACUUUAAUCCUCUUCUCUUUAAGUAGUCACACUUACCUGCUACCCCCUCCUCCUCUGUCCUACCACCUUUCUUAUCUUUCGCAUACAAUUCUCUUUGACUCUAUUCUUAAUCUUUGCUUUCUCCACUGUUCUGUCAUAUAUUAUUAAUUCACUUUUUGUGUCACACAUUUCUCAUCGCUCACAUUUUUCCCAUUUGUUCAGAAAUCCAUUUUCUUUCUCUUUAUUAGUUUUAUUUUUAUUAUUAUUAUUUGCAUAUUUCCUGCCAGGAAGUUCUUCAAGUUAUCACCUGUCUUUACUGUUUUCUCACUAUUGUCCUUUCCUCUCUCAUAGUUUUACUCACCCAUCUGCUUUUUUUUUUCUCUUUUAGACUGUUUGUUUUCUGCUAACACGUUACGUGCUGUGUCUUCUUUAAAACCAUCUAUCCCCUUCACUUCUGAAGGGGCCAUUCUCCCUCUGCCCCACUAUUUUCGGCACCAUAGCUCCCCCCAGCCGUGCAACCCCCCGUCCCUUGGCCCCGUUCGGCCUUGGGAGGAAAACAUUGGUGGCCGUGGCGAUUGGUGUGGUGAUGGUCCUAAUAUUGGUAAUCCUAAUUCCAGUGUUGGUCAAUUCCGUGGGCUCUGAUGGCCACUAUGAGAUGUUGGGCACUUGCCGGAUGGUCUGCGACCCCUACCUCAGCAAAACAGGGGCAACCACCACCAGUAGCAGUAUCAGAGCCGGCACUGGAGCUGAGCCUUUGAGUGACCGAGGACAACUAGCUCCAUCAACUUUAGUGCAAGGACCUCAAGGAAAAGCUGGACGUCCUGGUAAACCAGGUCCACCUGGAGAGCCUGGGCUACCAGGUCCACCUGGUCCAGUAGGUCCACCAGGAGAACGAGGAGAGUCGGGUAAACCUGGACCACCAGGUUUGCCAGGAGGAGGGGUGAAUGGUGCCAUCAGCACAGCAACAUACACCACUUUUCCUCGUGUGGCCUUCUAUGCUGGUUUGAAGAACCCCCAUGAAGGUUAUGAGGUCCUCAAAUUUGAUGAUGUAGUGACCAACCUUGGGAACAACUACGAUGCAGCAAGUGGUCGCUUCAGCUGUACAGUGCCUGGCACAUAUUUCUUUACCUACCAUGUCCUGAUGAGAGGUGGAGAUGGCACCAGCAUGUGGGCGGACCUCUGCAAAAAUGGACAGGUCCGUGCCAGCGCCAUUGCUCAAGAUGCAGAUCAAAAUUACGACUAUGCCAGUAACAGUGUUAUCCUUCAUCUGGAUGCGGGCGAUGAAGUCUACAUAAAACUGGACGGUGGUAAAGCUCAUGGGGGCAAUAGCAACAAGUACAGUACCUUCUCUGGCUUCAUCAUAUAUUCAGACUGAGAACCCUUUCUCUGGACUGCCCCCUGCUUUGCCUACCCUGUCAAGGAGCGGGGAGCCCAAGAGAGAAGCAUGGGAUGGCUGCCUAGAACACUCCUGUCUCCUUCAUGGCACAUUGUGCUUGGGAUUGUGUAGCCACCUCCUCAUCUUUUAUCAACAAUCUCUCUUGUGUCCUUGGUACUCAUGUACCUUCUCCCAUGCUUCACUUUGUUGUUGUUCAGUAAAGCCUUACUAAUGUAUUCCUGGCCUAUCAUCGCUCUUCCCUCUAUCCUUCACUGUAUCGCAUUGAUGAAAGUCUCUUUCCCAUAGAAAGUUUGAGCCUAUACGCUCAUAUUGGUCUUUGUAAUUCCACUCAUCUUCUAACCACUACACUUGAUAGGCUCCAUGAAAAGUCACGAAGCAUUACCUCUGUCUUACUAGUAGAUUUAAUUUCCUAAUCCAGACAACAAUUCUGUGCCACAGCAUCAGUAAUUAUUUCAAUGACUUCCAACAGACUCCAAAUACAUUUUACAAGUCUUACUCUUACAUACAUCUAUUAAGUCCGUCUGUUUUUUCCCCACUCAGUCUCGCUAUAUAUCCUUCCUAAAUUCAUUUUGCUAAGCACAUGCAUGUACAUCUUUAUCAUACCCAGGGAUGCUGACAGUUGUGCCAGGCCCAGGUACUGAGAGGGAGCGUGGCCAAUGCAGGGAGGUGUGGCCAGCCCCCACUUUAGGAAAUAUUCAGCAACACACGUCGCACGGUGGGCGCUGGCAUGGAGGCUGAUGGGAGCCGGCAGCAAGGAGACGAGUGGCUGCUUCUACAACUGCCUCUCUCCCUAGCGCAGCACACAGUAAUCACUCUUGUCCCCACUCCAAGUGCAGGCGCUAUCUACAAUGGGGGAGGGGGGGCAGAGGGACCCGGGACCCUCCAACAGGCCCGGGCCCAGGUAAAGAGCAGAGCCGGCCCUAACCAAUAUGAUGCCCUAGGCAAGAUUUUGGCUGGUGCCCCCUAGCACCGCUGCUAGUUCUGCAAGAGAUGCCUGGCAUGAGUCCGCUGGCAGCUCUACUAACUUCGGGCGCAUUUUGUUUAUGAAACUGCAUCUUAUUUACAUUACUAUAUGGCUAGAAUGUACAAGCAGCUUCUACUGAUUAAAAUGAUAUGCGGCAUGCCUAUAUUCUGUGUGCGACUGCGGCCGUAUCUGCAUAUACGAAAUGCUA